UUAAAUGAUUAUAGCAAGUAUAGUAUACUACCACUAAUUAUACAUUUUAACAUUAAUAUUACAGCAAUAUAUAUUGAUCCAACAUAAUUAUACAUUUAUACUACUACUAAAAUACCAUUUAGUAUUUACGCUAAUUUAUCGGUGUUUUCUUUUUUAUAUGGGCAGACAUCUGCAAAAUUCUUUCGUUAAGCGACUAUCAUCAUUCAUCAAUUACUCUUCUUCUUCUUCAACCAUUCGUCGAGACUCAACUCGCUUAAGGCUUAAGUUAACCAAUCGCUCCAAAGCUCACCAACCAAAGCUUCACAGGUUCUUUCUCUCUCCCACCUUCAUUUUUGUUCCCGUGGGGAGUUUUGAAUUCCUGGUGCGAUCCACUUUGUUUCAACUUCCCCGCUUAGCGGAUCCCUCCGGCGCUGGCUUCGUCGCCAUACAUCGCUAUUCAACGGUUCUUUCCGUAAGUCUAUGCUACGUGACGAAGCUCGUCCUCGCGAUUUGUUUUCGAUACGUUGGUGUUGCAUUUCCCCGUUCCCUUUCCCGGCUUAAUUUCAUCGGCGCCCGAGCUUGUGAGAUCUGCGCCUGGUUUAGAUGGGCGAACCAAAAUUAGCGGGAACCUUGCCUUGUUUUUCUCCGUACAUUUUGAUUCUGCUCGGAUUGAUUGGCGUCGGGAGUAUCGUCACUCGGAAGCAUAUGCUUCCUCUGUGUUUUUAGUGCCCUGAAUUUGGAUAGGUCACUGUUAUCGAUUGGAUUGAUGGAUUUCAGCAGAAGUUCUUGAAUUUCUCAUUGGGUUCUUGCUGAUUUUGGCAAUUCGUUAGGGUUGGGUUAGGGCUCAAUGUGCACCAUGUGAAGCUGGGUUCUUUUUGUUUUUUUGUUUUGGCAGGCAGGCAGGCGAUUGAUGCUUGUUGAAGGAAGGAUUUGACAAAAUGAGUGGUAGGGGUUUGAUCUAUAGCUUUGUGGCCAGGGGAACUGUUGUGUUAGCGGAGCACACAUCUUACUCCGGGAAUUUUAGUACCAUAGCUGUUCAGUGCUUGCAGAAACUUCCUCCAAAUAGCAACAAGUACACUUACUCAUGCGAUGGCCACACUUUUAACUUUCUCAAGGACGAUGCAUUUGUGUUUCUUGUGGUAGCGGAUGAGGCGGCGGGCAGGGCAGUGCCCUUUGUGUUUCUUGACCGUGUGAAGGACGAUUUCAAGCAGCGCUAUGCGGGGAAUAUAAAAAAUGAGGAACACCCUCUUGUCGAUGAUGAUGACGAUGACUUGUUCGAAGAUCGAUUUAGCAUUGCUUACAAUCUCGAUAGAGACUUCGGGCCAAGGCUUAAAGAGCACAUGCAGUACUGCAUAGAACAUCCUGAAGAGAUCAGUAAGCUGUCCAAAUUGAAAGCUCAAAUCACUGAGGUCAAGGGAAUUAUGAUGGACAACAUUGAGAAGGUAAGCAUCUAGCUUGCUUUUGGGUAAUGACCUUGAAUCAUUCAGGUUCGAAACUUGCUUCAAAUUUUGUCUAUUAUAGUUCCCUAAUGGUUCUUUUGGCAGAACUGGUAUGGGUGUUCUUAUGUCCGAUUCUUUGCUGUCAGACGAUAUCACUUUUAUUUAUAGAGGGCGUAAGGUUAUGGACUGAUCCUCCCUUCCUGGAACAGUAUCUGUUAGCUUAUUGGCACCUCAUGUUGCUUGAAGUGGCCCUGGUUUGCAGUUAGUUACCAUAUAACGUGAUAAUUAGGUGAAAACUGAAAACUAUGAACAUACUGUUUCUGCAUAUAUACCCUGAAACUUUGGGUGCAACCCACAGACAGAUAAAAAUUUGCAAACCAUUUGACCAAGAUUCAGGUUGUUGUCCGAAAUGAGAGUCUUGUGAGUUUAGCUAGUAGUUAUGCUUAGCAAUCCAAUUGUCAGAAAUCUUGUGAAAGUCAACUGGUCCAUUGAUUGGCAAGGAUUAAAAAGAGCUUUGACGUUCUUGAUAAAUCGCCACGCGGUGUGAAUAAGGAACAAGCAAGCAUCAAAUAGUUGAGAGAAUCAAAGCAGAAGGGCUUGAAGAGAAUUAGAUGUCCAACUGCGGUCAAUGGAAACCAUAGAUGCAGUACCUGUCUGUGUUCAUGCGGUUAGAUUGUUCUUCAAGGCUGCAGGACCUCUCCAUUUCGCCCCCGUGUAGCAGAAGAAAUGUGCAGUGCUCUGUGAUGGAAUGAAAACAAGUAGCUGAGAAUCGGUAUGUUGACUUGGCAGGUGUUGGAUCGUGGAGAGAGGAUCGAGCUCCUGGUUGACAAAACAGACAGUCUGCAGUUUCAGGCGGACAGCUUCCAAAGGCAAGGAAGGCAGCUGCGGCGGAAGAUGUGGUUGCAGAAUCUCCAGAUGAAGCUGAUGAUCGGCGGUGGAAUACUCAUCCUCAUUGUAGUACUGUGGCUCCUCGCUUGCCGCGGUUUCAAAUAGGCGACCAGAGCGGCGUGCUUCUUCGCCCAAACACAGAGAGAAAAGAAAGCGGCGUGCUUCCGGCCUGGCAGUCGAAGUUCAACGAGCAACAGAAUCUCGCCGGAGAUGGAGCUCUGUACUACUUAUAGCAAUCGCGGCUCCUUCAUUUUCCCAGCUCCCACUGCCACGAAGUAUUUGACGUCCUCGUCUGUUUUCCAGAAAUACAAUCACCUGCCGUGCGGCAAAACGACUCACCUCUGUUUUUCCUCUUCUUCUUCUUUGCCGUCUUCUUCUUCGAUCUCUGCGCCCCAGCCACAGCAAGGGUUUGGUAAUGCUCGCGCUCUUACUACCGUUGGGAGGCGUCAGGGCAACUCGUCGUCAUCCCUGGAAGCUCCAGAAGCUGUUAAGCAUCAUAUUGGAUCGAUUUCCCAAACUGAAGGCCUCCGUUUUGCCGUGGUGGUUGCUCGAUUCAAUGAGAUCGUGACUAGGCCGCUUUUAGAGGGAGCAAUUGGAACUUUCAGGAGGUAUUCCGUCAGUGAAGAAGACGUUGAUGUUGUGUGGGUUCCUGGUGUUUUUGAAAUAUGUUUAACCGCAGAAAGGCUAGGCAGGUCAGGGAACUACAAUGCAGUGGUGUGCAUUGGCGCUGUGGUACGAGGUGACACCUCACACUAUGAUGCUGUUGCGAAUUCAGCUGCGUCUGGAGUAAUGUCGGCUGGUCUAAAUUCGGGUGUCCCAUGCAUAUUUGGUGUUCUUACAUGUGAUGACAUGAACCAGGCUCUGGACCGGUCUGGUGGGAAAGUUGGGAACAAAGGUGCUGAGGCUGCCCUUACAGCGAUUGAGAUGGCAACCUUGUUUGAGCACCAGUUGAAGUGAAGACUGGACUGCUAAUGAUGGAUGAGAUCAAGCUGCAGCUGCAAACCUCUUUGGCAGCUCUCGCUACUUCAUCGUUAACUUUUUCUUCGAGUUAUUAAAAUUCCUGAUUUUUUUAUACCGGUCGGAAUGCAAGGAUCAGUUGCCUGGUGUUUCCCUUUCCAUUGUAUGAGUUGUACUUGCGGUUUGGAGAGAAUCGAGAGUUGUCAUGUUCGAAUAAUACAAGUUACCUGCGCGAUUCAUUAAUUCGGUAGGUGUAAUAGUUAGAACGAUUGCGCUUUGGUGUAACUGAUUCUGGCUGGUACCAGCUCGAUUAUCUAAUUGACCUUGUAAACAUGUUUGUGUUUUCAUAUUUUUCCUGUUCCUGAAUAUGUCCUAAUCAAUCUGGAAGCUCGCUUUGGAUUGUGACACUCUGGAACUGCAUGUUAAGAGAGUAUGAUACUUGAAUGCUACGUUACAAUCAAAUUAGAAGCAACAAGCCAACACUGGAUCACCGCAGGACGAAGAUUUUAUACUUUCGAUAGCAGUAAUUGCACCGGCCAUAUGCUUGUAAAACAAGGCAGACAGCAAUGGCCGGUGCAAAAAAGAAAACUAUCAACAUUAAGAAAGGUCCACAGCACAAAAAGAUCACAACCCUAGACCGGAGAAUGUCAUGCUCCGGCUUUUAUUCUCCAUUCGACUUAUUUCCACAUCCGCAGCAUGGCUCUGCCAUUCAUCGACUCGGGUUGACAGUUUCAGAUUUCAUACCUUUUCAGUGUUGUGUUUCUCCUUCUCUGCCUUUUCUUUCUCAGCUUUCUGCUUCUGCUUCUCCAACCUUUCCCUCUCCAUUUUCUGGACGUAGACGGUCUCUUUGGCGCGCUCCUCUUCGUUGAGGACUCGGCCGCCCUUGCCGACGUUGCCGUCGCUGAAGUAGCGAGUCGCGGCGCGAGUUGAGUCCAUGGAACGAGCUAAACCGAGGCGGAGCGAGCGAGCCACGCCGAGUCGAGCGAGCGGAGAUCCGGUUGCCAUCCGAUCAGAAAGGUUUGAGGGAUUCUGACUUUUUCUUCUAGGUUGACGAAGAAGGGAGGAAAAUGAAAGAUGAAU